UAUAUAGCACCUGAGCGCAAGCAAAAGUUUACUAAAUUUCAUUUUGACGUUCAUCAUGUUACAUUUCUUCAUUCUGCUGUUCGUUGGACUGUACUCUGAGGCAGCCACCAAAGCGGACCCAGAAUGCUACAUGAACCCGAGUCAACUAGGGGAGAAAUAUGGCUACACCAUGGAGGAACAUUGGCCCGUCACUGAUGACGGAUACAUCCUUCUCAUCAAUCAUAUUGUACCUAAAUCUAAGAGUGCACCGGCUGUUUUCUUAAUGCAUGGUUUAUUAGACAGUAGUGCAACCUGGCUACUCAAUGGCAAGGAAGGUAGUUUUGCGUUCAUUCUGGCUGAUGCUGGGUUUGACGUCUGGAUGGGUAACAUCCGUGGAAAUACUUACACCAUGAACCAUACCACUAUACCUGUCGACUCUGAUGCUUUCUGGGCAUUUACAUUCGAUGAGAUGAUCGCAAUAGAUCUACCUAACAUGAUAGAUUAUGUGCUCAAAAAAACUGGACAAGACAGUUUGUUCUACUUUGGUCAUUCUCAGGGAUCCCUUAUAGGAUUCACUGGAUUCAGCAGCAUUCCAGACCUAGCAAAAAAGAUCCGACUUUUCACGGCUCUGGCACCUGUGGCUAGGGUUGAUCACGUAAAAGGACUUUUUGAUUAUCUGUCACGAUACCAAAGCUCUCUUGAGUGGAUUUUUAAGGAAUUCGGAUUACGUCAAUUCCUUCCAAGUAAUUGGGUUAUCCGGACAUUCGCAACGUUGAUUUGUCCCAACGUAGAACUAAAGGCAGUCUGCUCAAACCUUAUCUUUCUGAUGGCUGGAUACGAUACCUCAAACUUCAACAGCUCUAGAGUAGCGAUCUAUGAGAGUCAUGUCCCAGCAGGAACGAGCACGAGGAAUGCUAUUCACUGGUCUCAGAUGAUAAAUGCUCAGAAAGUCCAGAAGUAUGAUUUCGAGAGUGUUACCAAAAACAUGCUUCACUACGGCUCACCCGAACCACCACUUUAUGAUAUUUCAGGACUUUCAGUACCAACAGUUCUGGUGAUGGGAGGAAAUGAUUGGCUGGGUGACCCACGUGAUGAGCUUUGGUUAAUCGAACAGAUCGGACAUACGGUGCUAGAGUACUUUACCAUCGACUACUACAACCAUCUGGACUUUCUCUGGGGAGAAGACGCGCCCAAGAUGGUUUACUACCCCAUGAUUGAAAUCAUGAAGAAGAUGCUGUAGAUUCCAACUGUUGACCAAUAUCUUUUAUGUACGUUGUAAUACUGAUUUGUUUAAACUAAAA